AUGGGGUCUGGCCGAGCUCAGAAUCCUGCAUCCUGCCAUCCUCACAUCUUUUCAAGGUCCAGGGCUGCCCUGAGCCCCCUGCUGCUGGCUGCUCUGCUGCUGCUGCUGGCUGCUCUGCUGUGGGUCCCUGCAGGGAUGCUGACCUGUAUUGGGGACUCAGGGCAGCCUGUGGACUGGUUUAUCAUCUAUAAGCUGCCUGAAAAGUGCUCCAAUGACUCCAGGGCAAGCGAGGAUUUACCUGCUGACUGCAUGGAUGGAUCUGACGUGCCCGACGGUCUGCGUUACAGGUACUUGGAUGACAGCUUCCCAAACUGGAGGAAUGGCGUGGACUCCAUCAGUAGCUCGGAGGGAGCUUUGGGACGCAGCCUGGCACCUCUCUACGGGAACACGUACAACCAGGUUGCCUUCCUGCUCUACAAUGACCAGCCCCCCAAUACCGCUGAAAUAAAUGUUCCAUCUCGAGGGCAUGCCAAGGGGGUGGUGCUCCUGGACCAAGAUGCGGGUUUCUGGCUGGUCCACAGCGUGCCCAAGUUCCCUCCACUUGCCAGAACUCGGGCAUACAGCUGGCCCUCAAGUGCGGUUCCUAAUGGGCAAACGCUGUUCUGCGUGUCUUUCCCCUUAGACCAAUUCCACCAUAUUGGCAAACAGCUGUCCUAUGUCUACCCAACUGUGUAUGACCAGCAGCUGGAAGGAAUGGUGUCCGAGCUGGUGGCUGUGGCUGAGGGUCAGCAUGUGAAGCAGGAGCCAUGGAACAGGAGCAUGACCCUGACCUCCAAGGCAGGCAACACCUUCUGGAGUUUUGCCAAGUUUAUAAAGUUGGAAGAUGACCUAUAUUCAGGCUUGCUGGCACCAGCCCUGGGCAGCAACCUGAUGGUCCAGUUCUGGCGCAAGGGGAAAGUCAUGCCCUCCAACUGCUCCGGGCCGUUCCAUGUGUUCGAUGUGACCAGUAUCGAGUUCCCAGGCGGGCUGUCCUACAAAUCCACAAAGGACCACUCCAAGUGGGCUGUCGCCUCUACAGAAGACUGGGUCUGUGUGAGCGACCUGAAUCGAAAUUCUGGGGGGUACCUGCGGAGUGGGGGUGCCCUGUGCACUCGAAUACACCACGUCUGCAAUGCCUUCAGGUCCCUGGUGAAGGAAUUCGAGCUCUGUCCUCACUCGGGCUAUCUAGAACACCCCAAAGAUCCCCUCAAAAGCGAACUUUAG